UAGGUUGACAGUUCGGUUUACAUUACAUGUCAUUUUCAAAUGCAAAAGAAAUGUUGGAAAUGUGAACGGGUUACAAUGCUUACAAUUUCCUAAUAGCAAUGCACUAUUUCACAGAUUUGUUGAAUAUUCAAAACAAAAGCACCGCAUUCGACACACCAAAAAAGUUUCUCAACUAUUAUUGUAGUUUUUGUUUUGUUUCAUUUGUUUAAUGAUCUAUUGUAUUUCGGUUUGAAUUUAUUUUGUGAAGAAAAAGAAGAAAUCACUGCAAUCAACUACAAAUGGAAUCAAAUGAAAUUAGUGAAUUUCAAAUUGACUUGACUUUGUCUGAUAUAUUUCGAUCGCUAUCGUACUAUGUAACCGAUGAGGAUGGUGUACAACAGUUGAGAUUCGAUCCACCCGUUUAUCAAUCACGCUAUUCGGUCGUCACUUCCAUUUUGAAGAAGAAAGAAUGGAUUCCGCACAUUAAGAAGGUGACCGAAUUCGGGUGUGCGGACAUGAAUCUUGUGAUGUUGAUGCGACGUAUUGAACACCUCACACAUAUUUUACAGAUUGACAUCGACGAGGAACUUCUGAAAAGAUUCGAAGAUCGGGCCUCUCCACUGGCAUGGGACUAUUUAUCGAGGCGAAAAUAUCCGCUCGUAAUAGAUGUAUAUCGUGGCAGUGUUGACUCACCUCACGAAAGUCUUCAUUCUACUGACGUCGUUGUUUGCAUUGAAAUCAUUGAACACGUAUAUCCAGAAACGGAGCAAAAUUUGGUGCAAAAUAUUUUUGGUUUCAUAAAUCCAAAGAUAGCUGUGUUCACCACACCAAACGCUGACUUCAACACUUUGUUUGGCAGGCCAAAAUUUAGCAAUGGAUUUCGACAUGAAGAUCACAAAUUUGAAUGGACACAACAACAGUUUAAAGACUGGGCGCACAAUAUUUGCUGCCGUUAUCCAAACUACCGUUUUGGCUUAUUUGGAGCAGGUGAAUUGCCAUUUGAAGUUGCCGAUAAAUCAUUGGGACAGUGUUCUCAAGCAGCGAUAUUUGUUCGCAAAGAUAUGUUGGAAUUGUUAAAUGAAGACACACCCGACGGAAUCGCACCGCCACUCGUUGUAACCGACUCAGAAGUUGUGUUCCCGAUUGAAAAGUUUGAUUACAAACUACUAUUUAGUAAGAAAUUUCCAUAUGAUGAGGAUGAUCGUAGCUAUGAAGAAAAAAUCAUAGACGAUGUUCACUAUUUUAUAAAUCGAAAUUUGGACACAUAUUUGAAUGAAGAACGGAACAUUUGCGAAUUUCCGAUCACGGAGAUAUUUCAUUGUGUUCGUGAUGUCGCCAAUAUCGAUGAACUUCGGACCAUCAUUCGAGCAGAAUUUGUGGUAAAUGAAAAUGACUGUGUUGAAAAAGCACUACCCGAAAACGACGACUCCGAAAUCAGCGACUAUGAUUAUGAUUAUGAUGCGAACAAGGAAAAUGACACCAAUAGUCUCAAUGGAAGCGUUCAUUUUUCCGAAGAAAAUUGGGAUUGAUGCGGUUUUUUUCGGUGUCACAAAACCAAAAUUAUAUGUAUCAACAUUUAGUAGAAAUUUAGUUCAAACCAUUUAUUAUUGAUAUUAAUAUUUACAUUUUUAUCUUAUAAAAAAUGAUAUUACG